AUAUGCACUCGCACACAAACAUACGAAUACAUUUAUGCAUUCAGAAUUAAAAAAGACCUGACAUUGAAUAUGAUAUCCACUAACUAGUGACUUUUUUCAAAAUGAACUAUAUUCUCCUCAACUUUUUCAAAUUCCUUGCUUUUGAAUCCUUCAAAACAAUAUAAACUUAGCCUUUGAGUUUUAAAUAGACUACCUUUAAUCUCGACAUCUUAAAUGAAACAACCUUUUCAAACAUGAAUUUAUAUAUAUUUUACACUUCACUGCAAUUGAGACUAAUCAUUAUUAUAUAUGAAUAAUUAAGGGAUUAAAAAGGUUUCAUGUCAGGAGUGAUAUAACACUAGAAAAGGAUUAAAGCAAAUAAUAAAGGAAAUUGAGAACCAUCUCUUAACUGUAUCAAUCAUAUCAAAGCCUGUUGAGAUAAUAGAAAACUGGCGAUUCUAUUGUGCCUACAACCCUAAUCAACUUAGAAAUAGAAAUCCUAAUUGAGUUAGGAAAAUCAAAUUAGGAAGAGAAACCCUAAUUAACUAGUAAUAGAAAAAAAUCCUACAAUUUCUAGUUUCUAUUUUCAUAUUGCUUCCUAAAAUAAGUGCUAAAAACUCUAGAAUUAUGAUUUGCAUCAAAGUUCUUAUUAGAAUGCAAUUUGAAAACUGAAGUGCAACAAAUUUGAGAAGUCAAGGACAACACAGUUAACUUUGGUAAAAGAAAAAAGGAUUUAAGUGUAUGUUUUGUCAAUUUCCAUGACACAAACAUAUAUAUUGUUGAGAUUAUUUCUAUAAACAGCCUAGAUUUGUACUGAUAAUUAGGGAUAUGAUUGUCUGAUAUGAUUGGAAUAUGAUUAGACUAUAAUUAGGGAAUUAAUUUAUUUUCUUACCUAGUAUGUACUCUUGUAAGUAGUAUAUAUACCCCAAUUGGCUUGAGGGGAAUAAUCAAGUAUUUUCUCUUAAAUCUUCUGCUCGCUUUUUCUUCUUUUCAUCAAAGGUUUCAUGGUAUCAAAGCCAAAAAACUUGAUUCACUUUGAGUGGCAGAUCUGCCACCUUGCUUUGGUGAUUUUCUGGAAAUCAGUUAGUCUCACCACCCAACCCAUUCUCCACGCCGGCUUCCGAUCUGCUUUCCGAUGAAGCACCGUCUCCAGAUCCGGCUCCACGCGCCACCCCAAGCAGCCUGUCCCCGGCCACGCGCAGCCCAUUCUCCAUGCCGGCUUUCGAUCUGCUUUCCGGUGAAGCACCGCCUCCAGAUCCGGCCCCAUGCGCCACCCCAAGUAGCCUGUCCCCGACCACGUGCAACCCAUUCUCCACGCCGGCUUCCGAUCUGCUUUCCGGUGAAGCACCGCCUCCAGAUCCGGCCCCAUGCGCCACCCCAAGCAGCCUGUCUUCGGCCACACGCCGGCGCGUGCACCAUCUUCCGGCGACCGUUUCACGCCGGCGACUCUUCCUCCAGCAUCGCCCAGCGCCGGCGACUCCAGCCCAACAGGUCUGGUCGCCUGUUCAAUCUGCCUUCACACGCCCUCCGGCCAUGUGCGGACGCGUGCACCAUCUUCUGGCGACCGUUUCACGCCGGCGACUCUAGCCCAGUAGGUCCGAUCGCUUGCCCAACCCGUCUAACGUUGGAUUUACUAUUCACAGGCGCAAAUCCUUCAUUUUUGGCAGAUUCAGAUUCAGUCUCCAUGGCCCAAUCAAAUAUUGCCCAUUCUAGUAAUUCUUUUACUUAUCUAACCAAGUCUUUACCCAUUGGUUCAUGGAUCCUCGACUCUAGUACUUCUGAUCAUAUCUCUGGUAAUCCCUCUCUUUUCUCUACUCUUGUUUCACCUUCCACACCAUCUAAAGUCACAUUAGCUAAUGGUUCACAAACUUAAGUUAAAGGGAUCGAUAACGUAUAUCUCCUUCCUUCUAUCCCUUUGACUAAUGUUUUAUUUACCCCUGACUAUCCAUACAACCUAAUCUCUGUUAGCAAAUUGACUAAAGCUCUUCACUGUUCAAUCAUCUUUACUACUGAAUCUAUGGUUGUGCAGGACCGGAGUACUGGAAAGAUGAUUGCAGCAGGAUAUGAGUCACAAGGAUUGUACUAUUUUUCCACUUCUAACUCUCCAAUUGCUUUUGUGUCUUUUACCUCCGCUGAACUCAUUCAUAGUCGUUGGGGACAUCCAAGUCUGAACAAGUUACAAAAACUGGUUCCUAGCCUCUCUUCCUUGCCUUCUUUAGAAUGUGAGUCUUGUCAACUCGAGAAGCAAACUCAAGCUUCUUUUCCCAAGCGAAUCAAUAAUAAGGCCAGUUCUAUGUUUGACAUUGUUCAUUCAGAUAUUUGGGGUCCAAGUCGUGUUAGUACAACUCUGAGAUUUCAAUAUUUUCUUACCUUUAUUGAUGACUAUUCUCGUUGCACUUGGCUUUUUCUGAUGAAGAAUCGUUCUGAUUUGUUCCCUAUUUUUCAAAAGCUUUAUGCUGAAAUCCAUAAUCAAUUUGGUAUUCGCAUUAAGAUACUGUGAAGUGAUAAUGCAAAAGAAUAUUUGUCUUCCUCAUUCACUCAUUUCUUGUCUACUCAGGGUAUUACUCACCAAACUUCUUGCUCUUAUACCUCACAACAAAAUGGAGUUGUUGAGUGGAAAAAUCGACAUUUAAUUGAAAUAGCUCGCACUUUACUCCUACAUCACAAUGUUCUGUUGCAUUUUUUGGGGGGAAGCUGUCCUCACCGCCUGUUACUUGAUUAACCGAAUGCCUUCCUCUGUUUUACAGUAUCAAAGUCCUCAUUCUGUCCUAUUUUCUAACCAGAAUUCCACUCAGUUGUCUCUGCGUGUUUUCGGAUGUAUAUGCUUUGUUCAUGAUCAUACUCCUGGCAAAGACAAACUCCAAUCCAAAUCAGUUAAAUGUGUCUUUCUCGGCUAUUCACGGCUUCAAAAAGGUUACAAAUGCUAUGAUCCUACUACUAACAGAUAUUUUGUAUCUGCAAAUAUCACCUUUUUUGAAACCUCUCCUUACUUUUCUUCUAGUCCAACACACAACUUUUGUCCCUAGCGCUUUGCAUGUACCUCCGCUCCGACUCCUAUUUCUUCUUUGCUGCAAGUAUGUCCAUCUCUCACUCCUAUGCCACCUCUUCAGGUCUAUACACGUUGGUCUCACCCAUCUGCUAAUAACAAUGACAUUUCUCUCCCUAAUGCAGGUACUUCUAAUGACUCACCUCCCGUUCCGUCAUCACCUACUUCGAUCAUGCCUUUAACAACAGCAGCUACUCCUCCUCUUGCUCUUCGAAAAGGUAUUCGCUCUUUCCGAAAUCCUCAUCCCAUUUAUAAUUUUGUGAGUUAUCAUCGUUUGUCUCCUUCCUAUUAUACUUUUGUCUCUGCUGUGUUUGCCGUCUCCAUACCCAAGACAGUUAGAGAAGCAUUGGAUCAUCCUGGUUGGUGUAAUGUCAUGGUUGAGGAAAUGACUGCUCUGCAUAAGAAUGGAACUUGAGAACUGGUAUCCUUACCACCUGGUAAGUCUAGUGUUGGUUGUCAAUGAGUUUACACAGUUAAGGUGGAAUCUGAUGGUAAAAUUGAUCGCCUUAAAGAUCUCUUGUAGCUAAAGGUUACACACAAAUUUUUGGACUUGAUUACAGUGAUACUUUCUCUCCCGUAGCCAAAAUAGCUAUUGUUCGCCUCCUUAUCUCAUUGGCUGCAAUUAAUCACUAGACCCUGCAUCAACUAGACAUUAAAAAUGCCUUUCUUCAUGGAGAACUCGCUGAAGAAGUUUAUAUGGAGCAACCUCUAGAGUUUGUUGCUCAGGGGGAGUCAGGCUUAGUAUGUCAUCUUCAGCGCUCUUUGUAUGGGCUAAAACAGUCUCCAAGAGCAUGGUUUGGACGAUUUAGCACUGUAGUUCAACAGUUUGGAAUGUCUCAAAGUGAUUCUGAUCAUUCCAUAUUUUUUUGACAUAAUGGCGAUAGAUGCAUCUACCUGGUGGUCUAUGUUGAUGAUAUUAUCAUUACAGAAAAUAAUCAUGAUGGUAUCUCUCAGCUUAAGCAACAUUUGUUCAGUCAUUUCCAAACUAAAGACCUUGGAAAACUGAAGUAUUUCUUGGAGAUUGAAGUGGCAUAGUUUAAAACAGGUAUCGCAAUUUCUCAACGAAAAUAUGUUUUGGACAUAUUGGAAGAAAUAGACAUGUUAGACUGUAGACAUGUGGACACUCCCAUGGAUCCAAAUGUUAAGCUUGUUCCUGAACAGGGGGAGCCACUUAAAGAUCCUGCUAGAUACAGAAGAUUAGUCUGCAAGCUCAAUUAUCUCACUAUCACACGACCAGAUAUUUCCUUUGCUGUAAGUGUGGUUAGUCAAUUUCUUCAAACCCCAUACAGUAGUCACUAUAAUGCAGUCAUUUGCAUUCUUAGAUAUAUCAAAGGAGCUCCAGGACAAGGUUUACUCUAUGAGGACAAAGGUCACUCACAAAUUGUUGGCUAUUCUGAUGCAGAUUGGGCAGGUUCCCCUUCAGAUAGACGAUCUACUUCAGGAUAUUGUAUUAUGAUUGGAAGGAAUCUUAUAUCCUGAAAAAGUAAAAAACAGAAUGUAGUUGCAAGAUCAAAUGCAGAAGCAGAAUAUCGAGCUAUGGCUUUAGCAACAUGCGAACUUAUCUGGUUGAAGCAACUCCUUCAGGAAUUGAAAUAUAGUGAUACUGGGCAAAUGAAGUCGAUAUGUGAUAAUCAAGCUGCCCUCCAUAUUGCAUCAAAUCCAGUUUUUCAUGAGAGGACGAAGCAUAUAGAGGUGGAUUGCUAUUUUAUUAGGCAAAAGAUUGAGUCCGGAUGCAUUUCUACUAGCUUUGUCAACUCAAAUGAUCAGCUAGUUGAUAUUUCUGCAAAAUCACUUCGAAGACCACGAAUCGAGUAUAUUUGUAACAUGCUUGGAGCAUAUGAUAUGUACGCUCCAGCUUGAGGGGGAGUGUUGAGAUGAUUUCUGCAAAUAGCCUAGAUUUGUACUGAUAAUUAGGGAUAUGAUUGUGUGAUAUGAUUGGGAUAUGAUUAGGCUAUAAUUAGGGAAUUAAUUU